AUGUAAAAAUAUUUUAAUAAAAAAUCAAAAAGUCCCUUUUUAAAUGAUAAAUCACCUAAAAUUGGAUAUUCAACCAAGGAUCAAUCAAUUAAUAAUGAAAAUAUAAACAGAGAAUAAACAAUAGAAAAAUUAAUAUUAUAAUUAGAUUAUAUAAGAAAAAAAAAUGAGUAAGAAAAAAGGGAAAUGAUUGAUACUUUUAAUCUAUAAAUGUAAACUAAAAUUAAACAACACUAAAUAUUGGAAACUGAGUAUUAACAAAAAAAUUAAUUAUUAGAAUAAUUAUUAUUUUAGGAAUAAUCAAAAACAAUCCAUCUAACCAGAAUAUUGUAAGAAAAAUAAAAAGGGAAUCCUAUUUCAGAUAAAGAUUAAUUUCGAAACAAAUAUCAAUCUUCAGAAUCAUCAUAAGAUUCUCAAAGUAAUAAUACCAAAGUUCAAACUAAAUAAACAUCAAAAGAUAUUUCAGUUAAACAGCUCCUAGAAAUAAUUAAUAAUAUUUAAUCAAAUAUUGUUCGACAUUCUAAAAUAAAAAGGCUUAAUAUAAAUUGGAUUGAUUAUGAAAUUCUAGAAACUGAUUUACAGAAACAAAAAGAUUUAUCUAAAUCUUUAGCUAAAAUUAAUUAAAUCUUUGAUAAAUUCUUUAGUAUUAUUAAUGAUAAUUCUGCUCCAUAACUUUCCCCUUAUAGAGUUGGGAACAUUCCUAACUCAUUCUAAACUAUUGAUACAAAGAUUACGCCAAAUUAAUUAUAAGGGAAAGCUAAAUUAUAAAAUAUUGGUACAUAAACAAUCAAUACUAUAACUAAAACUCAUAAAAUUGUGUAAACUGACUUAAAUAACAUAUUUUCUGAAUAAAUACAAUCAAAUGAGACUAUAGCUACAGAAUAAAUUGAAAAGAAUUAAAUUAAAUAAGAAAAAAUAGCAGAUAUACAUAUAAAAUAGAAAGAAAUAUUAUAAAACAAUUAAUAUUCUUCAAAUUCAAAAUUAAUUUAAUCUUAAAAUUAAGCUUAACAAACUAAGCUUGUAGAGCCUUAAUUAUAAAUUUGCAAAAUUUUUUAGAUGAGUAUUAAAAACUAAAUAGAUUAAAAAAAGCAAAAGUAAAUUUCUACAGAGAUUUAAACAGAUCCUAUUCACAGAGAAUCAAUUAAUAAAUAAAUAGAAUUAAUAAAGCAUCAUUCAAAAAUUACUGAAAAAGAUGAAGAAUAUGAAGAAGAAUAAAAUGAUGAAACAAAAAAACAGAGUAUUAAUUAAGAUGAAGAAUCUGAAAAUGAAAAUGAUAGCGAAUCAAUUUUUGAUUGCAAUAAUCCAGCUUAUGAUUCUGUAAUUGAGCAAAAUUAAGAAUUACUUGAUUUAAGAAGAGAAUGUUAGGAGAAAAAUGAUAAAAUUAUAAAUUUGGAAAUUACUGUUUAACAACUUCUAAAAUAAUAAGGAUUAUUUUAAUUCGACAAUUUAAUAACAAGUGAAUAACAUUGUUUAUAGGAAUUAUUAUCAAAUAAAUGGUUAAUAAAAUUGAAAGAUUAUGAAGCAUAAUAAAAAUAGACUAUUGGUAUUUUAAGUUAAGAUUCAAAUUUUAUAAAAAAUACCUUAAAAGCAAUUUUUGAAGAUGAAUUAGAGAUAAAUCUUGGGAUAAAUUAAUUUGCAAUUUAGUACUACAAUGAUGAUUUUUUGGAAAACUUUUAGUUAGACAUUAUGAUAAAAUAAAUAUAAUUUACUGACAAAAUUAUUGCAAAUUCAAGAAUUAGUUUUGAGAAAUAACAAUUUUAAAAGUUUUGGAUUGAUUUUAUGAUUACUCAUUGUAGUGUAUUUGUUUAUCUGUGCAAAAAUUGUAAUGAGGAUGACUUAAAGAUAAUUGAUUAUUUAAGAGAAAAUAAUAAAAAGAUCAUAAUAUUAACAUUUAAAGAUUUAGAGAUAGAGAAUUUUAACAUUUAUAAUAAUUUUAAAUAAAAUAUAGAUUAUCAAAUAAUUUAGAUUUAAGAAAACAAGAAUAUAUUAUCAUCAGUUUGGAAAGAAGUACUCUAAAGUGAUUGGGAAUGGGUGAAUGUUGAAGAUUCAUUAUUGGUAUAAUUGCAAUCUCAUAUAUAAAAUAUAAUUGGAAAUGAAGAUUGCAUUUAAUUGUAGAUUAAUGAAGAUGGAAUCUUUGAAAUAUCUGUAAUUAAUGAUGAAUUAAAUUAUGAUUCUCUAUUAUUGUUUCCAUACAUCAAAAGCAAGUAACAAUAGGAGAACCAGAUUUAGUUAUGUCUGGAGCUAUAGAAUUUGGGUCAGAUUUAGGAAGUAAAAUGUAUAGAUACAUAAGUAUUAAUUGUAAUUGACUAAUACAUAUUACUAGAAUAUAUGGAUACAAAAAUAAGACUGCAUUCAAUCGAUGACAAUAAAAUACUUUUAUCUAUAAUAAAAUGA